CAGAUUGCGAAAACGACCUGUUUACAACCGGGACAGCCGGAUUAUGUACGCACGGUCCGAUUAUGUUUUUUUGCACUGUUAUGUCGUGGUGACCGGAUUAUGAACGCUGAUAUAAAUAGCUGGGAGACAGGCUGUGAUUGGCAUUUUCUUCAAGCUUUUGUAAAUUAAACAUUCUCUGGAAGAUAGAACACCCCUAAAAACUAGACAUGGCGAAACAAAAAAGUGUCGACGUAAUUCUUAGUAUAAACUACCCUUGUAGUAAAUACAUUUCAACAUAAUAUACUUUGAAGCAACUAAAUUUCACGGAACCUAAAUUAUUCUUUUUGCGGGAAUUAAUUUUGGUGAAAAGUUAUUAAACUUGCGAAUCCCAAAAUUUAGUAUUUGCCACGAAUGAUAUAAAAGCAGUCAGCCCCAAUUAUAUUUGUUUUAUUUAAGUCCUAUAAUUGUCGAAUAAUAUUUGACUGUCAUAAGUCGGCCUGCCCCAAUUAUGUUCGUUCUAUAAUAAGUGAGAAAUAAUAUUACACUGUCGUAUAUAAACUGCCCUGAUUAUGUUCCUUUUAUAAGUGCCAAAUAAUAUUUUUUGAGUAAUAAGCCGGCCUGUCCUGAUUAUGUUGCCCUGAUUAUGUAUUUUCUGCCCUGUUCUUAACCGGGGCAAGCUGCCGUACUUAAUCAGGCCAAUGUUCAUUAUCCGGGCAGAACAUUAUUAUAUAGAUGUAGAUGUACAACAUUGAAGUAAGUGUAGGUAAAACAGCUGGCAAGAUUUGCACCAAAUUGUCUUACCUUUUAGGUUCAUAUUACAAUCGACCUUUGGUUAGCAUUAUAUCUAUUUUUGAAACAUGUACCAGGAUAUAGAGUCUAAGGUUCAUUCUGUUGAAGUUUAUAAUGAAAGUUCAAAUCCAAAUGGAUCUUACUUCAAGGACGUAUUAUAUCCCAGAAGAAUCCCUGUUGUGCUGAAGGGAUUCAACAUUGGUGAUAUGACAACAUGGACUGCAGAAUAUUUAACUCGGACCAUAGGAGAAACACCUGUCAAAGUUCAUGUCUGUCCUGAAUCCAGAAUGGAUUUCUUAAAGAAAAACUUUCUUUACAAAACAUUGCCAUUUAAUCAAUUCAUUAAACGGGUUAUAAAAGAAAAGCAACAUGAAUACUUCAUAAGUCCUUUAGAAAAAUAUUACCUUCGUUCGCUAGGUUCAGAUGCAAGAAAAGAUGUUUCUGAUAUCAGUAAACAAUUCCCUGAUCUUUCGAAAAACUUGAUCAUACCAGAAUUGUUUGACAAGGACAAGUUUUUUUCAAGUGUUUUUCGUAUCAGUUCAUCCAACAUACAGUUGUGGACCCAUUAUGACGUCAUGGACAAUAUACUCAUUCAUCUUACAGGGCAGAAAAAAGUUGUUUUAUUCCCGCCAAAUGAACUACUAAAUUUAUAUAUGAAUGGUGAUAAAUCAGAAAUCAUCGAUAUAGAUAAAGCUGAUUUGACAAAGUAUCCAAGAUAUAAAAAUGUCAAAAGAUAUGAGUGUAUUUUACAGCCUGGUGAUAUUCUAUUUAUACCAGCGCUGUGGUUCCACAAUGUUAGAUCAUUGGACUUUUCAGUAUCUGUAAAUGUGUUUUGGAAACAUUUGGAUAACUUAUCCUAUGACAUAAAAGAUGUGUAUGGCAAUAAAGACCCUGUUGUUGCACAAAGAGCAUUGCAAGGUGUUGAUAAAGCACUAAAAUUGUUAGAAACCCUACCAGAGGAAUAUAAAGACUUUUAUAAAAUGAGAUUAAUAUCGAAGAUUGAAAACAAACCUUAGAAAAUCGAAGUAUAUUUGGAGUUACCUGUAUUUGCUUUGUGCUUGUUUUUUUCCAUUGUGUUAUUGUACCAAACUGUUGCCUGUUGUACCACAACCUCUUUUAAGCUCUUUUAUUAUAUUGUUUUUUUAGUUAUAUACUUACAGUACAAUCUGGAAUUGCCA